CAUUUCCCAUCUUCUUCUUUCUUUCUUCACGUAUCGGGAGAAAAACAGACGAGCAAGAGGCGCACAGAGCAUCGCCAGGAGAAUUUCCAAAGCUCAAAUUCUUGAGCUACAGUGAUCCAAAAAUCCCGUAAGUAAUGCCUAAUUCAUCCAUUCAUCGUGAUUUAUCGAUUUAGAGCUUUAAAACGAGUUUUUGGUUCAGGAAUUUCUUGAAUUCUCGAUAAGCCAAAUUAGGGUUUCGGAGUAUCCGGAAGCCGGAUUGAGCCCAAAUUUCAUAUACGAGCUUCCUGCAGCGAGGUAAUCAAUCCUCUAGUUCUAAUCCCUGAAUUUCGGCUAUUAUUUAGGCCGGGGUCCAAACCGCUGAAUUUAGCUCCGGCCAGGGUUUGAUGUGUUUUUAUCGAGAAUUUGACCCGGAGCCUAGAACUAAUAUUGACGGGGAUACUGCAGGGGAUAUUAGGACGGUCUCGGAUUUUAAUUCGGGGUUCGUUCGUGAAAUUGACGUUUUAGUAUGGGAGGCUAGAACCGGUGUUUGAACGACCAGAACUGGUGAGGGAUUAGCACGGCAUACCGGGUUUGUCGUAUCACGAUAAUUAUAUUAAUGCUUAGAAUUGACCUAGGUGAACUAGAAUGGCAUGAUUAGGGGUGUAUGGACUUUUGUGCUAUAUGAUAAACCCUGGACUACUGUAUGAUAUUAUUGACUUGCCCUAAUCGAUAUGAACCUUGUUUAUAUGGAUGAUUGCCUACAUGUUGCCAUUUGUGGCUUAACUGUUGAUAUGACUUUAUGGUUGUUCGAUAAGGGCUUUUGACAUGAUGUGAUAUUGUGGUUGUUUUUGGAUUCACAAGUGGGGAAAAUAAACUUCCCAGGGUGAUAUUAUGAUGUUUAAGGAGGAUGACUUGCACGAGGGUUUAUCCCGAGGAAAUGCAAUUAUACGACUCCUGAUUUACCUAUGUUGAGCCAAUUGUGGCCAGGUCAAGUACAUGUGCAAGUAAUGAAGUAUGAUUAAGCAAAAUGAGAUAUGAAUCAUGUAUAAGGAUACCAAAUAUGAGUGUUGUGGUCUCACGGUCAACUACAUAGUAAUUAGGGCUCCCUAUGCUAUUACUCUAUUAUGAUAUGUAUGAUAGUCACACCUCUCAUGUGGUGGUGACUGAAGAAUUCUUAUGAGAUAUGACCACACCCAGAGCGGUGUCGGGGUAUGACUACACCCAUAGUGGUGUGGGGUAUGUAUGACCACAUCCGACGGGAUGUUGGGGUAUGUAUGACUACAUCCGACGGGAUGUGGGGUAUGUUUCCCGGGAGAGUUAUUAGCAUGGGAGUAGCCAGGCGCCUAUAAGUAAAACAUGAUAAGAUGCAUAUGCAUAAGUCAAGGUGGUUGAGUCUUUUGCCUAUUGGGAUAUGAGGACGGCUGAGGUCCGAUCCUAGUGUUUUGGCUUGAUUGUUAGAUGUAUGGUAGGGGUAUGCUCUGUUAUGAACUCACGAUGCUAUGAUUAUCUCACUCAGCUAUGAGCUGACCCUCUUUUAUUCUUCUUCUCUGCUUAUGCUAUGUGUAAGCAGAUCAUCAGCAGCAGCAGUAGAUAAGUGUUAGGUGGGAGAGGAGCUAGAGUUGAAGCCAGGAUGAGGUAUGGUCUUCAACUAUUCUGUGCUUGGACUACUACUCGGGAUUUUGGCCAGUGAUCCACACCUUUUUGUAAAAGAAUGUUUUGAGAACGUUUUUCAUGUGCAUACUAGCUUCUGAUCUAGUGUGAGAUAUCCACAGGUGUGGAAAGUUAAUGAUAUGUGUAUAUGUUGUGUAACUAUGUAAGUUGUGACGAUUAUGGUAUGUAUAAGUUCGGUAUGCAGUUGUGUAGUAUGAAACUGUGACUAUGGCUAUGUAAGUCCAUGUAUAUGGUUUGAGUAUAUAUGUUUGUGAUGAAUUAUUUUGCAGGACAAGUUGCAAGAACUGUUAGCCCAUUACGCGAGUAAUUCAUGUCGAAAUUUUAUUUAGGUAAAUUUUGAUAAUUAAUGUAACACCCGAGAUUAUUUCCGCUGCAAUUGUAUGAACAAUAUGAUUAGGCAAAACGUAUAGGGUAGGGUGUUACAGUUUGGUAUCAGAGCCCGGUUCCCUCUUUUUGUUGUUAUGGCGUACUAUACCCUAUGGGAGGUUAAACACUCCUAAGGAGGGGAGUGCCCCAUAAUGACUUAAACUGGGAAUUGAGUUUGACAUGAUUAUGUGUUUUGGUAUAUUGGAUGAAAUUAUCUGCAUCAUGGUUUUCAAAAUUGAGUUUUGAAUGUAUUUGUUUUCAAGUAAUUAUUUAGGGAAAAUUUUGUUUUAACCAAGUGAGAGAUUUGGUGAAGAAUGAAUUUUGUGUGGAUCAAUCUAAGGCCAAUAUUUCCUUGUAGCUCGCACGGAAGUUGUGAAAAUGUUCCUACUGACCAGUCGAGAGGAGUGGGGGCGGUUGAUGCAAGACCGCCAGUAUUAGAUUAUGCAAAGAUGAAGAGUUUGGGUGGUAGGGACUUUAAGGGAGAUGUGAGCCCAGAUGCUGUAGUAGAGUGGUUGAGAGAGAUGGAAGAUGUGUUUGAAUAUCUUUAUGCAACCCCAGAGGAAAAAGUGCAAUAUGUUGUUUUUCUCCUAAAGGGGUAUGCGAGGAGCUGGUGGUCCUCAGUCUCUAGAGUUAAUGGUGAACGAGUUCAGUUCACCUGGGAGGAGUUUCUGAAGGCCUUUAAGACAGAGUUUCUUCCCGAAGCUUUUAUCAGGGCAAAGAACAAUGAAUUUUCCAACCUUAAGCAGGAGAAUAUGACAGUUACUGAGUACACCAUCAAGUUUGUUCGACUGCUUUACUUUGAGGAUGGGUUGGCGGAUACUGAGCAUAAGAAGAAGAUGAGAUACUUGCAUGGUCUGCGCAUAGGAUUGAAAGAAAAGAUCCACAGGGUUGAUGAAGAGAGCAUGGCCACAAUCAAGGAGGCAGCACUUAAGUAUGAAGCCUAUGAAGUUGAGAGCCGAGAGGAACACAAGGCCAGAGAAGAGGAGAAGAAGAGGAAGUUUGGAGUAAAUUAUGCUGGACCUCGUUACCCACCCAGGAGAGGUCCUAGCAGUUUUGGGAGAACACCAAGUCAAUCUAUGUCGGGAACAUCAUACAGGGCACCAAUAUCCUCAGCCACACAAUUUCCAUUUUGUCAAGUUUGUCAGAAGAGGCAUAUUGGAGAGUGUAGGAGAUUUUCUGGUGUAUGCUUUCACUGCGGCCAACCUGGGCACAUCAUGAGGGAUUGCCCGCAUGCGAGAGAAGUAAGAGCUACACAGUCCGAGCCUUCAGUGCAAAUGAGUAGAGCCCCAUUCAGGGGUGGUUACCAGGGAGGCCGUAGUGGAUUUCAGAGUGGUCGUGGUGGUUCACAGGGUGGUAGAGGUGGUGGUCGAAAUCAGCCAUCAGGAAGUGGUACGCAGGGUACCAGAGCACAGGGAGCACCGAGGGUUUAUGCAAUGACUCGAGGUGAGGCAGAAGUGGCACCAGAAGUUGUGACUGGUAUGCUUUCUAUCCUUGGCAAGCAAUUAUAUGCUUUGAUCGAUACUGGUUCCUCUCACUCAUUCAUGUCAUAUACGUUUGCACAUAUGCUACGCUUAGUUCCAGAUAAGCUAGGUUAUACCUUAUGUGUUAAAACACCUGUGGGAGAUACCUUGAAGGUAGACUCAGUUAUUAGAAGUUCCUUCAUUUGUGUGGAAGGAGCUUUCCUAGCAGCAGAUUUAAUUCUGCUACCUUUUGAUGAAUUUGAUGUCAUCCUUGGAAUGGACUUUCUGGCAACACAUGGAGCUGUUGUGGAUUGUCAAAAGAAAGAAGUGUUAUUUAACACACCAGAUAAAGGUCAUGUUGUAUUUCGAGGCAUUAAGAAAAAGGAGACUCAUGGUUUUCUUUCUGCCUUGGAAGCUUUUCGAUUAGUGAAGGAAGGUUGUGAAGCCUUUCUUGCUCAAGUUACUGUAGUAAUUGAUAAGAAGGUUGAGGAUGUAGAGGUGGUAAGGGAGUUUCCUGAUGUAUUCCCCGAAGAACUUCCCGGCCUUCCACCAGAAAGGGAAGUAGAGUUUGAUAUUGAAUUGGUACCUGGCACAACACCAAUUUCAAUGGCACCAUAUAGAAUGGCACCAAUUGAGCUGAAGGAGCUUAAAGAACAAUUGCAAGAAUUGUUAGACAAGGGGUUUAUUCGACCUAGCAUCUCACCUUGGGGUGCACCGGUUUUGUUUGUCAAGAAGAAAGAUGGUUCCAUGAGAAUGUGCAUUGACUACCGGAGGUUGAAUAAGGCGACAGUGAAGAAUCGUUAUCCCCUUCCAAGAAUAGAUGAUUUGUUUGAUCAAUUGCAGGGUGCAUCAGUCUUUUCUAAGAUUGAUUUGAGAUCUGGAUACCAUCAAUUGAAAGUGGCAGAUGGGGCAACCUCAAAGACAGCUUUUAGAACAAGAUAUGGGCAUUAUGAGUUCCUGGUAAUGCCUUUUGGACUCACUAAUGCACCAGCGGUAUUUAUGGCUCUUAUGAACAGAGUUUUCCAUGAAUAUCUUGAUAAGUUUGUGAUUGUGUUCAUAGAUGAUAUUCUCAUCUAUUCUAAAAGCGAGGAGGAGCACAAAACUCACCUUAGAAUUGUGUUGCAAAUUCUAAGGGAGAAACAAUUAUAUGCAAAAUUCUCAAAAUGUGAGUUUUGGCUGAAGGAGGUAAUAUUUCUGGGACACGUAAUUUCUGGAAGAGGUGUCGAGGUGGAUCCGAAAAAGGUGGAAGCAGUGGUGAGUUGGACUCCACCAAAAGAUGUGUCGGAGUUGAGAAGUUUUCUUGGCAUGGCUGGUUAUUAUCGGCGGUUUGUCGAAGGAUUUUCUAAAAUUGCUGCACCAUUGACUAAACUGUUGAGGAAGAAUACUAAGUAUGUUUGGGAUGAAUCAUGUCAAAAGAGUUUUGAUGAACUGAAAAAGAGAUUGACCACAGCACCAGUACUUGCACUACCUUCAAAUCAGGGAGAGUUUGUGGUGUAUAGUGAUGCCUCGUAUCAAGGAUUGGGCUGUGUGUUAAUGCAAGAUGGAAGAGUUAUCGCAUAUGCCUCUAGGCAAUUGCGUCCUCAUGAAGUAAAUUAUCCCACUCAUGACUUAGAAUUGGCAGCGGUGGUAUUUGCUCUCAAGAUUUGGCGACAUUAUUUGUAUGGUGAGACUUUUAAAAUUCUAACUGAUCACAAAAGCUUGAAGUAUAUUAUGGAUCAAAAGGAUUUAAAUAGUCGCCAGAGGAGAUGGAUAGAGUUGUUGAAAGAUUAUGAUUGUACCAUUGAUUACCAUCCAGGUAAAGCUAAUGUAGUUGCUGAUGCUCUGAGCAGAAAGGGGAAGAAGAAUAUAAAUGAUCUGGUUGAUUUGAGGGCAAUGAAUGUGGAUUUGGAAGUGGAUGGUGUGACAGGGUUACUAGCUCGGUUGAACAUUCGACCUUUGUUGCACGACAAAAUUCGUGAGAAGCAGAAGGAGGACCCAGAGUUGGUAAAAAUCAUUCAAGACAUUCAGGAAGGAAAAGAAAGCCCAUUUGAAAUGGUAGAUGGCAUGUUGAAGAUGAAUGGAAGAGCAUGUGUUCCUAAUGUUGAUAAUUUGAGGAAAGAGAUCCUAGAUGAAGCUCAUUCUUCUGCUUAUGCUAUGCACCCAGGAGCAACUAAAAUGUAUCACACGAUCAAACCAUAUUUUUGGUGGCGUGGGAUGAAAAAGGAAGCGGCUGAACAUGUUUUCACAUGUCUGGUAUGUCAGAAAGUUAAGGCAGAACAUCAAGCUCCGGUGGGAAAACUGCAACCACUUCCAAUUCCAGAAUGGAAGUGGGAAAGAAUCACAAUGGAUUUUGUAUAUGGUCUCCCAUCAUCAAGGGGAAAAGAUGCAGUAUGGGUUAUUGUGGACCGACUGACCAAAUCGGCUCACUUUUUACCCAUUAGAUGGAAACCAUCACUGGAGACUUUGUCUCAACUAUAUAUUAAGGAGAUCGUCAGAUUGCAUGGUGUGCCAAUUUCUAUUGUCUCUGAUCGAGACCCGAGCUUCACAUCUCGGUUUUGGCAAAGUUUACAUGAUGCCUUGGGAACUAAAUUACAUUUUACUUCAGCUUAUCAUCCUCAAACAGAUGGGCAGAGUGAACGAACCAUCCUAACCUUGGAGGAAUUACUUCGAUCAUGUGUAAUGCAAUGGGAGGAAUCAUGGAUUGACCAUUUGCCCUUAAUUGAGUUUGCUUACAACAACCAGUACCAUAGUAGCUUGGGUGUUCCACCAUAUGAAGCACUUUAUGGGAGGAAGUGUAGAACACCAUUAUGUUGGGAUGUAGAAGGAGCAAGGCAAAUCUCAGGGCCAGAGAUAGUUCAGAUCACAGUUGACAAGGUCAAGGAAAUCAGGGAGCGUUUGAGGGUGGCUCAAGAUCGACAGAAAGUUUAUGUUGACACGAGUAGGCGUGAAGUUAAUUUCGAAGUGGGUGAGAAAGUAUUUCUCAAAGUGUCACCUUGGAAAGGCGUAAUGAGAUUUGGUAAGAAAGGGAAACUUGCACCUCGGUAUAUUGGGCCAUAUGAAAUCACAGAGAAGAUUGGACCAGUGGCUUAUAAGUUAGCAUUGCCUCCAGAACUAUCCCAAAUCCACAAUGUAUUUCAUGUUAGUAUGCUGAAGAAGUACAAAGUGGAUCCUUCCCAUGUUAUACAACCGGAAGAGAUCGAGUUGGGUUCAGAUUUGACUUUUGAGGAGGUUCCAGUUGAGAUUAUUGAUUUUCAGAUUAAGAAUCUUCGUAGGAAGGAAAUCCCAAUGUUGAAAGUGGUUUGGAGAAAUCAAGAAAGUGAGAGUGCUACCUGGGAAACUGAAGCAAGUAUGCGAGAGAAGUACCCUGAGUUAGUAGCAACCUACUUUGCAGGUUAACAAUCUUGCUUAAUAAGUUAUGUUUUGAACU